ACAGCGGCGGCGCCACCCUCGGCGAGGACAGGAGCCGGCGGUGGGGGGCUGCGGCCAGGUGCGCUGCUGGAGCUGCCGCUCUGCCCGUUCGCUCGCCGCGCUUUCCGCCCGUCGGCAGCACCAUGACCGUCGCACGGCUGGACCAGGGGCAGCGCUACCGGCCGCGGAUGGCCUUCCUGAAAAAGAUUGAAGCGCUUAUAAUGGAGAUGCAGAAUCCAGACACGGGCAUCAAGACACAGACUCAGAGGGUGAUGAUCACAAACAUCCCGCAUGCCGUGGCAGGUAAUGAUAUAUUUCAGUGGAUUCUCCAGCGUUUACAGAUCACUAAUGAAGAGGCAUUGCACCUGGGGGACCUGUUUGUCAAAUAUGGCUACAUCUACCCUCUUCAGGAGCCAAAGAAUCUCACCCUCAGGACAGAUGGCAGCCUGUACAGGUUUCAAACCCCGUAUUUCUGGCCCGCACAAAGCUGGCCUGCUGAUGACACCGACUAUGCAAUUUACCUAGCAAAGAAGAACAUCAAGAGGAAAGGGAUUUUAGAAGAGUAUGAAAAGGAACAUUACAACAUGCUCAAUAAAAAAAUAAACUACAAGUGGGAUUUUGUUAUUAUGCAGGCCAAAGAGCAGUACAAGGCAGGAAAGGAGCGGAAGAAGGCGGACAGGUACGCUCUGGAUUGCCAGGAGAGAGCCUACUGGCUUGUGAACAGAACUCCUCCCGGCAUGCUGGAUGUCCUAGAAUAUGGAAUAGACCGUGUAACAGAUCCCAAUGAAGAUAAGGUAAACCAGAAAAAAACAAUGGAUGUUUAUAGGAGAGAGAUUAUGUACUAUCAGCAGGCCAUCAUGAAAUCCAGAGUGAAAUCUUCUGUCUCCCUUGGAGGGCUUGUGAAGUACUCUGAGCAGUUUCUCUCCAAUGAUCCUAUCCUGUCUGGAUGUCUUCCUAGCAACCCCUGGAUAACAGAUGACCCUGAUUUCUGGGAUCUCAAUGCAAAGCUGGUGGAAAUCCCCACCAGGAUGCGUGUGGAGCGAUGGGCUUUUAAUUUCAACGAGCUGAUACGGGACCCAAAAGGUCGGCAGAACUUCCAGCUCUUCCUGAAGAAGGAGUUCAGCGGAGAGAACCUGAGUUUCUGGGAAGCCUGUGAGGAUCUCAAAUAUGGAGACCAGUCCAAGGUCAAAGAAAAAGCAGAAGAGAUUUACAAGCUGUUCCUCGCUCCAGGAGCUAGGCGCUGGAUUAACAUCGAUGGCACAACAAUGGGCAUCACGGUGAAAGGCCUCAAGCACCCUCAUCGCUAUGUUUUAGAUGCUGCUCAGACCCACAUUUACAUGCUGAUGAAAAAGGACUCCUAUGGCCGCUAUCUGAAGUCUCCAGUAUACAAGGAAAUGCUGGCCAAGGCUGUUGUGCCACAAGAAACUGUCAAAAAAAGGCAAGUGAAACUAAAACACAGUUGUGGGCUUUGCUUUUCUUGUAGCGAGGGUUGAAAAAGCCUGAGUUACAGCAAAAUUACUAUAAUUUAGAUAUUUGCUUAAUUAAAUACAUUUUUUCACUAAGAAGAUGCCUUUCUUUGAGAUUCAUUAUGCUGUUUAUUUGUGAGCCCUUUGGAAAUGCUUCAUGUGCAAUCAGAAUCUGCUUGAUGAUAACUCAGCUGCCUUGCCUGUUGGGUCUUUUCAGAAAUGCUGUGAUUGUUGCAUUAAUCAUGGCAUUUUUCUUGGAAGGAGAGAGCACUGUGUACUGGGCAUGAGAACUCUCAGCCAUGAAACACUGGCUGCCAGAGGAGAUGCAGAGCUGCUGCAGGAUCCUCCAUGGGUUCUGCUCUGCUCUGCCUGAACAAAGCUAGUUGCACCCUGCACAGUGAAGGUGAAAGGCAUCUUACCUGUGGGUGAUACAAGGUGGGCAGCCUGAGAAGGAGAAGGCUUGAAAUGGCUUUUUUCUGACCAAGGUGGGAGUUGCACAGCAAAUGCAGGCAAUCUGAACUGCAGUAGCUUCUUAAAACAAAACGUGCACUGUCAAAGCCGGACCGGGUGAUGUGCUUUUCUCUCUGUUCCUCUUCCACUUGUCAGCCUCGCAAGCAAAAAGAGGAAUCAUGGACUUUCACACUAUUGUUUCUUCUAAAGCCCAAGUCAGUGGAAAGGAAAAAAACCAACAAAACACCAAACCAACAAACCCUCCUGUUUGGGGCUGGGUUAGUUUUUUCCCGAGCCACACAAAGUCCCUGGCAGAUGCUGGAUUACCCCUGGUGAUUACCAUCAUAUCUUUCAGCGCCUGUUCUGGAUGCACAACACACAGACAGCAUCCUGUACAAACCAGAGAGAGCUGCUACCCCAGAAGUGGUUUAACAUUUGUUUUCACUGCUGCUGGUUCUGCUGAAACAGACAGCAGGUGCCUUUUUGGGAACCACCCAUACUGGUCUCAGUUUGAUGGCCGUUGUUUGGAUUCAUGCUGAAAGUUAGUUGUUAUAGAAUCACAGAACUGUAGGGGUUGGAAGGGACCUCUAGAAAUCAAAUCCAACCUCCUUGCUUAAGCAGUAGGGAACUUCUUGUGCUCCAGUUUCUGCCUGUUGCCUCUUUCUGUUGCCGUGUGCCACCACUGACUGGACUCCUUCACUUUAGAUAUUUAGCUUUCAGAUCACCUCUCAGCCUUUCCUUCUCCAGACUGCAGAGUCAGAAGUCUCUCAGCUUUUCCUUGUACAGAAUAUGCUGCAGGCCCUUUCAGAUGCUUAAAACAAGAAGAGUAAUGUUUUAGACAUCUUCUGGCAUUGGUGUCUCUCAUUAAGACCAGGAACAAAGCUGCCUUUACUCUUUUAGUAGUUCUGCUGCUAUAUGACAGAAUCACCAAGCCCUGCUUUAAACCACUUAGUCUGUGUUUGCACUUCAUGUAUGCUUCUUUAUCUACACUGUCCUCCUCAUUAAAUGAUAUCAUGGAAUAUUCACUGGCUUCUCUUUGGGAGAGAUUUUAAGAGACAAAAGUGCUUAAGAGGAAAGUCAGCCAAAAUACUAAGGUGCACCUCUGUAUUGAAUGUAUGAGGUGCCUUUCUUUUGCCUGGUCAGGUAGCAGCAGGCAAUGUGACAAGUGCCUUUCUCCCCAUGCAUAGCCUCAGAGCCCAAGGAGGUUUUCUGAUUGAUGACUCUGCUGUAUCUGGGGUCAUCCAGCUAUGCAGAGUUUCUACCUCUCAGUAACAUUCUGUUUCUUUCUCCUUCUGCCCAGUUCCAAUUUCCCCUUUGGACGCCGUCAUCUCCGCUCCAGCCCCAGCCCCAUCAUCCUGAGGCAGCAGGAGGAAGAAGCCAAAGCCAAAGAAGCUGCUGCCACCGUGGACAUCACGCAGGUCAUGAGCAAGCUGGAUCGGAGGAGCCAGCUCAAGCAGGAACCUCCUAAGUAGGCUCUGAGCCCUGCAGGGCACAGCACAGGGAAAAUACAAGCUGAGGCUGGUGUUGAGCUUCGUCUCCCUUUCCUGAAGGUGUCAGUGCUGCUUUAGGUUUCCCAGGCCAGCUCUGCCAGCAGCCUGCUUCCUGCAUGUUGCCAUGGCUUCUGCAGCAGCAGAUGUCACUUCCCAGGCACAUGAGGCAUGGGAAUGCUCCUGGAGCCAGGCUGCUGGCUGUGCUGGAUUCACAGCAUGAGGCCAGAAAUCUCUCUGUGCACACCAUGACGGGGGAUGCUUCUGGCUGCCCCAAGCCCCAGGAGUCUGGGCAGCCUGUGUGCCUCUCCCUGACUUCUGCUCCUCCAGCAGCUGGGAUGGCACAAGGUAGAGUGAAGCUGUGCUGUCUCAGUCCUUUGGUUUCAUACUGGCCUUCUUUGGAGCAGCAGUUGAGGACUCUCCAGGGAGCAGAGCAAGGCACCCUACCUCAGAAUGUGUCCGUGCUGAUGUCCAUCCUCUGAGCAGGAUGUGCACCCUCCUGUGGUGUGCGUCCACUGAGAGCAGUGGUCACAUAAAUUCUCCAUCUGCUCUAAGGCACUUCAAGUAUCCUGCGCCUCCAAAUCAAUGCAGAGGGGCUGCAGGCAGAAGAACAGGAUAGGCUUCUUGUGAGUACAGUGCAAGGAGCGUUUCUGAAGGUUUGGGUGUCCCUUUGAAUUUUAAUGACAAUCCCAAGUCCCCCGGGUACACUGGAGAUGAGUGGAAAGCUCUGCUCUCUCUCUGUUACCCUGCACUCAGUGAGCCAGGUGUGCAGGCGUAGAGCUGUCUCUCACAGGAGCUUGCAGGAGUGCUUGAGAGAUGCUGCCAUAUCUUUGUGUCUCUUUUAUCAAGUCCUUUCUGCCUCUUGUCUUGUCUUUUUCCUGCUAUUCUAUUUUCUGUAAAAUAAAAAAUAAAAAAAUAACAGGAGGUAGUUCCAGUUGUCACUGGUUUGUAGCCCAGAGGCAAAGAAGAGCCAGGGCAGAGGUGUUAAGAGCUGAUUUCAAGUUUAAGAGGUGAUUUUUGUUUUUUGUUGGUGUUUUUUUUUCUCAAUUUCUACUGUCUCUUUUGCUCCUUCGAAUAGGAAAUCUAACCAACUCUGUUAGCACUAAAGAGCUUGGGGAGAUUCCAGACUUUUCUGGGAAACCCCAGCCUGUCUGGGUUAGGCUGAUGACUAUCAGAACUGGGAAGAUUCCUGCAGAACUCAGUAAAGGCAGUGGGGUGGGGGUGGGGAGGCAGAAAAUCUUGUUUGUUAGAAGCUAGGGGAAGCAGAGGAACUGGAUGGGAAGAGCUGAAGUACAGGAAACUUCUUAACUCCUCUUGGUAUCGUGAAUCCAUUUUUACAACUGGAAUGAAAUUGCAGAAAACCAAAAGUAGAGAAACGUGGCUGUGAGGGGGGACUCAGGUGCAUAUGGACCAGCUUCUCACUGAGAGGGGGACAGCCAGGCCUCAGGCCCAGGCAGCUUUGAACCAGAAUUCUUGCUUCCCCUGUGCAUCAGGUGCAGAAUCAGGGCUACAUGUUCUGAUGUGGUGUCCUUGCAGAACCAGCUUCCUUCGUUUUGCAGCUGAGCUAUGGGAGAUCUUCAUGACCUUGUUAACCUAAUGGGGAUGUAAUGUUUUUAGAGGAAUUGAAAUCAAGUUGCAUGAGUCUUUUGCUCUGAUGUCAAGGCCUGACUGCUAAAUCUGUUCAGGUUCCCAAAGGAAUCAAUGGUAAAUUUUGCAGUACCAUAAAGGGGGAGCAGACUCAGAUGUAAAUGCAUAAAACCACAAGGCUUGUUCACACGAGGUGCUGAGCACCAUCAGCUUACCUUGACGAGAGCACUGAAGAGCUUGGCAGGGUUGGUUUGAAGCUGUUAGGGUGUGAUGAGCUCUACACUCUUCAGAGCUUGUGUAACAUGGAGCACUGAACGUGUUGGGAUUGCCAGUAGUAGUAACAUAUGGAAGAUCAAGUCAGGAUAUAAAUAAUAAAUAACAAAUCUGUGUGUUCCAGUCAGUCCCUCUGAUUCUACUUCUGUUUUGUUUGUAGCUGUGCUUUUUAUGUUACCUCUCUCCAUUCCUUUCUCUGAUUUUAUUUUUUUAACAUCUCAGCUUUACCUUGCUGUCCCACUGGCAAGAGUUAAUGCUGCUGCUGGCUUAAUGCUGCUCUGCAGUCCCCAUGCUUGUGACACUCCAGUCCCACACUUGCAGGUAGAAGCUGGCUCUGUUCUGCUUCUAGGUUGAGUAAGCUGGCGUGACGCAGUGUGCCAUUCCUUGGUCCCUUGCUGCUCAGUCCCUAAAGAGGAAGGUUGCGUGGUAUAAAGUGUGACCGUGGCACAAACUGAACUUCGCUUUAUGUCAGCCAAGAAAUUGUUUCCAUUGGAAAUCAGAGCAGUAGGCUGUUUGUUUCUUGGCCGUCGCUUUCAUGCAUUCAUUUAUCUAAUAAAAAUAAAUGUAGAAAAUGAAAACAAACAAACAAACAAAAACUGUUCAUCCUU